ACAUCAAUUUUGACAUGUUGAGUUUGACAUUUGAUUGGUUGGUUGCGUAAUUUUUACGGCCGAUUGAUUUAUUAUAAAUUUAAUUUUAUUUUAUUACGCAUUUAGCCGGUUGAUCUUCCGGUGUAUUAAUUGUUUCUAUUAGUGUUAUUUUUCAAUUCAACCACAAUGUUCACGUCUCGUAACAUUGGUUCCGUAAUCCGUGUAGUCAAUGCUUCGCGACAAAAGCACACUCUUCCUCAAUUGCCAUACGAGUAUAAUGCUCUGGAGCCAGUGAUCAGCCGUGAAAUUAUGAGCCUGCAUCACAGCAAGCACCACGCCACAUACGUCAAUAAUCUAAACGCUGCAGAGGAGAAACUUGCACAAGCCCAAGCUAAAGGUGACAUCCAAACAGUGAUCAGUUUAGCCCCAGCCCUGAAAUUCAACGGGGGUGGGCACAUCAACCACACAAUUUUCUGGCAGAAUCUCUCCGCUAAUGGUGGACAGCCUUCUGGUGCUCUCCUCAAAGCUAUUGAACAGGAUUUUGGAUCAUUGGAGAAUAUGAAGAAUCAGCUGGCUGCUUCUUCCGUGGCUGUACAAGGCUCCGGCUGGGGUUGGCUGGGUUAUAAUAAGCAACUGAAGAAACUCCAAAUAGCCACUUGUCAGAACCAGGAUCCUUUGCAGGCAACAACAGGUCUAAUUCCUCUGUUUGGUAUCGAUGUUUGGGAGCACGCUUAUUACUUGCAAUACAAGAAUGUACGAGCUGAUUACGUAAAAGCCAUCUUUGAUGUCGCCAACUGGCAAGAUAUUUCCUCCAGAUACGAAAAUGCAUUGAAGUGAAAAUAAUUUGCAUUUAUAGAUAUAAAAGUUUUAAGAUUCUGCUAAUAAUCACAUAGUGAACACGCGCUUUAGAAUAUUUUUUAUGUGAUGUUAAAGUAAGAUUUAAAAAUUUUAUUUACCAAA